AUGCGAGAUGAUGCAGAAUGGCCAGGUGAGUCUAGUACAUCACGAGCCUUGCAUCACGGCGAUGUGCUCGCUGACGAAGAGCGUGCCACAAUUUGGCAAGGCCACAUCAAUGGUGUUCAGAUUGUCAUCCUGCUUAUCGACCCUAGCAUUAUUGGUGCUCUGCAAAGUCAACAAAACAAUGAGCAAAUUGAAUUAGACCGUACCGAACCAACGUAUCACAUGGUACGCGACAAAGAUGGUGGAACAAGGAUUGGAAAGGUCCAGUAUCGUGAGGAAAAGCCGACCAGGCCCACGGAGCAUACUCAAUCACAAAUACAGGCUCUGCUCAACAAUCUGAUCAACCUGGACAACGACACUGCUGAGACCAGGCCGCCUCCACGUUCAUACGGAGCUCAGCAACCUCUGCCGCAGAAUGAACCGAAGUCUAAAGGGGUCAGUUCCUCGUUUGCGGACGCAAACUUCCCAGGGAAAGUGCCAGUCAAUGCAGCUACGACUUCCAUCUUAUCCGAGGCCGUUGCCACAUCCGAGGAUCGACCCGAGGGCAAGCCAGACAUAAGAACGUCGCAGCCACAUCUACGCAAACGCAUCGAAUACACCACGUUGAGAAAGGGAGAUCCGAAGUUUCUAAAGCUCCAUGGCUUGAUAUCAAUUGUGCUUCCGGGGUCCUGA